CUUGCGCUUCCUCCUCCUCCUUCUCCUCCUCUCAGCGCCGCCGCCAUCAUGGCGUUCACGUUCGCGGCCUUCUGCUACAUGCUGGCCUUGCUCCUCACCGCCGCCCUCAUCUUCUUCGCCAUUUGGCACAUUAUAGCUUUUGAUGAGCUGAAGACCGACUACAAGAACCCGAUAGACCAGUGUAAUACACUUAACCCUACAGUUGAAAAGGUUAAAAAGAUUAAAAGAGUCAAAAUUGCAUUAAAGCUUGUACUUCCGGAGUACCUUAUCCAUGCGUUCUUCUGUGUUAUGUUUCUGUGUGCAACAGAGUGGCUCACGCUGGGACUCAAUAUGCCGUUAUUGGCUUACCACAUUUGGAGGUAUAUGAGUAGGCCUGUGAUGAGUGGACCAGGACUUUAUGACCCAACAACCAUAAUGAAUGCAGAUAUUUUAGCAUAUUGCCAGAAGGAGGGAUGGUGCAAACUAGCAUUUUACCUUCUAUCCUUUUUUUACUACCUAUAUGGCAUGAUUUAUGUUUUGGUGAGCUCUUAAAUGGUGAUGUCUGAUGGACUUGUUUCCAGCAACGUGCAUGCAGAAAAGCCACAACAAAACAAAGGAUUAUUUUCGAAGAAUCUGGUAUCAAGAUUAAGUUAUGGAAUCCAGUGAUCACGGUUUCAGUAGGGGGAAAUGACAUCCUCUCUUCUUCCCCAUCCCAAAAUGUGUCUAAACUUUAAUACUUAUGGAAAGACUUUUUAAAAAUAUAUAUUCCUGGGACGUAUAAAGUGACAAGUAUUACAGUAAUAAGUUAAUGUAAAGAAGUUGGCACUGGCUUUGGACAGUUUUGACCCUGCACUCCAUAAGGAACAGCUAUACCUUUGGUUAUAAUUGUAUUAAAUACUGUCCUUAGUAUAAUUUGUUUUGUUUUGUUUUGUUUUGUUUUCUUUACUGGACAUUUUAGUGGCUCAGUUGGCCCAUGGACUCCCAUCUAGCUGUCAGCUGUAGGUACCAAGUGCUUCUGAAGGACUGAACGCUUUUCUGUAUGUUAUAUCUUAGGUAACCUUUAUGUGUCUUAUAGAUGAAUACAUGAGUACAAUCACAGGAAGAGUUGUAGCUCUGUUUCUUACUACUUGGAUAUUCUGUCCCUGUAAUGUGCAUGACUCAAACUUUCCAUGUUUACAGCAAGUAAUGAAGUCGAUAACCCCAUGUUUCAAUUUUCUGUGGUAUGUGGCUAUGCUGGGGAAGCAAAGUAUACAUUUUAUAAGAGCGUACUGUGUACCGGUCUCAAAGUACCAUUUAACCUGAAUCAAACCUGGUAGAACUGCAAAGAGAGGCACACUUGCAGCACAGUUGGGUAUAUAUCUUUGCUGUUCCUUAGUGCAAUACAAUAAAAGUCUCAAAGACAGAAAUUAGUUUACCUGCUUAGGUUUUUGUCAACACUGUGUGCAACUGUAAAAUUGUGAUUUUUAAUGCAUUGCUAUUAAACAGUACUGUUCGGUUUCCAUGAGUGGCAGCUUCGAACAGCUUGUGCUAAAUAGUUGAACAGCAAGGUAGAAGACAGUUGACCAGUUUUCAGUGGAUGCCUUAAGGUCCACUGAAAAUCAUACAAAGGUGAACUUUGUUCUGACCCUUGACAACAGUUUUUGGCAAAAGUUAUACUUUUACUCUGCAAGAGAUGCAUAAUGUUCACCCUUGGCUUGUAUUUUUAAAUCAAUUUGGAUCAUGAAUGUUCUUGGGGAGAUAUCAAGUACAGCACUGCAGAUUGAACUUAUAAGUUACCUGUAGUAGAAGUCGUCUUAUUCAUACUCUUUGGAACAGAAGACUUCUGGAGUACAAGGGACAGCUUAAAGCCGAACAUUUGGCUUUGCACUUAUCUCAGGUCCAAUGAAGUCAAGCUUAUUAUAUAUUUCAGAAAAUUAACCAAUUUUCUUGGUUAAUAAAGAUGGGAUGAAAUAAGGGUGAAAUGGAGGCAUCUCAUACAGAGGAGACCAUAUUCUGUUUUGACAGUCAUGAAUUUAGGUAUACAGCUGCCGUCUUCAAAGACUCCAAUUAAGUAUAGGUUAGUCGGUGGCAUGUAGGAGAAGCUACUGUGAAUUUAUAGAAAGAAUCAUGCCUAUUUUUUGUGUAAUGAAGUGUAGUAUCUAUUACUUUUUUUAAAAUAUCGUAUAGUUUGAGCACCCCUUAUCUCGAAUUCUGAUAUACUCAAAAAUCAUCUGAGGUACAACCCCCUUUGCUGGGUCAGUGUUGUACGCAAACUUGGUUUCGUGCACAAAAUUAUUUUUUAAAAUAUUGUGCAAAAUUACUUCCAAGCUAUUUGUAUGUGAAACAUCAGUGGAUAUCCAAGAUAUGUUGUUAUAUAUAUAUGCAAGUAUUCAAAACAAAAAAAUCCAAAUCGGUUCUAGGUCCAAGCAUUUUGGAUAAGGGAUGCUCAGUCUGUUUUUCUAUGUGGGGGUGACACCUGCUAAGCUUCUUCCUCCACUGUGUCCUCAACUUGUUCAAUAGGUAAUUAGGUGCUGCUAUGAAACUGCCUUGACUUGUGCCUCUCUUGAAACACUCUGCUUUUAUUCAUAGGAUAGUUUGCAUUCCAAUUUCUACAUACACAUAACAUCUUUAACACUAUAUUCUAGUUCUAAAAUGUGUUGGGGGUAGAGAAUAUAGACUAUAUACUUCAAGGAUAGAAAGUUAUGAAUAGAAUCUAUGAAGUCACUGUUGUAAAGAAGCUGGAAAUGUACCUGAAAAAAAUGUAUUAUUUGCUUCUAAAUGAAUAUGCACUGAUCAACUGAAAUCGGCAUUGCACAUUUUCAAAUGGAAAGGAGCAGUGAAUUUCAGCCAUAGGAAGAUGAUGUUUAACAAGCCGACCAUAAGAAGCAGUAUCUAUUGAAAUAUCUCGACCAAGAAGGAUAUGGAAUUUAAAAUUAAAGACAAGCAGCUGCCUGGGAAUCAAAUAGAGUUGUUAUGUUUAGUCUGUAAGUCAGAACAAAACCUACAGUUUGAUAGUAACUUGUCCCAAUAAAAGUAAUCUGAGUAA